CAUGAUUGCCGAUUUUUGUUUCUUAAUCUUUGUUUUACAGGUGUUUGUAACUUAUGUAAUGGAGGUGUGAAGUUCGUGCGUGAUAAUGAUCGAAAUAGGAGAAUAAGGUUUGAAGCUCUCCAGAGUGAAGCAGGGAAGAAACUGCUAAGAAGGUCCGGAAGAGCUCCGGAUGAUAUUUCAAGUGUUGUUCUUGUUGAACAGGAUAGAUCCUUCAUCAAGUCAGAAGCUGUUGUGAAGAUAAUGGAAUACAUAGACUUACCCUUCCCCCAGCUAGCAUUCUUUCUACAGUUUGUACCUCUUUUCAUACGGGAUUUUCUAUAUGACAAUGUUGCAAACAACCGUUACACAAUUUUUGGUCGCUCAGACGCAUGUGAGCUAUAGGCAAUAGAAUACUUAAUUUUCCUACUAAAGGUAUGUAUAUUGGCAAGUGCGGAUCUGAUGAAUUUUGAUUUUGUAAGCUAAGUUUUGCUUUCAUUAAAUAGAAUAAAAUUUCCUUCA